UGUGGUUGUUCUUUUGCAUUUCACUCCACCACCACUGGUCCUCCGGUCGCCGGCGUGUUUCCUCCCGCGGCAACUUCUCCGCUCCACUGAUCGGCCAGCGAGAACGCCACUGCUACGGUCUGUUCGCUCAUAUCUACCCCGCACCGGCCGCUCCCAGACCCUACUCCACCUUCGCCUUGCCCAAACCUUGCGAGAUCUGCGAAGCGACUCGAAUAGUCGAACAAAGCGACGCCGGCAGAUUAACUGAGGCCGGCGCGGCAGCUUCCCCGACCGGCGUCUCCGCCGGUGAGCUGCCACAUUUGGUAAGACCCCCACCCCCUCUACACAGACAUACACAACUCUUGAUUACACGUGAAAGUGUGAAAUAGAACGCUUCCCUAAGCAGCACGCCCGUAGGGUGCUUGCGCAAAUGCCACUUCGGCACAUGCUUCGUCAAGCGCGGCAGCGCUGGUCUCAGCAGCCUCCGCGGCUCUCCGAGCUCCUUCAUAUCUUCCGCUCGCUCUCUAUUCUACCAUCCGGAGCUUCAGCCACGCCGCCCUGCCGCUCUCCUACGCGAAUUCAGUUGCCUCAAGCCUUGGCUUGCUCCAAUGCCAACUCACUCGGCGCGGGCUUCCACAUUGACAUUGUUGACGACGACCUCUGGCCCGCUUCCUUCGAUUUCCCCUCGGAUCCCAUGACCGGUGAUGAGUGUCUUGAUAGCUUCCAAGAAAACGGAGAAGAACAACUGCAUGACUCAGAUGAUGAGAUAGAUGACAUGAGGCACCGCAAGCAGCUGUUCUACAAGCUGGACAGGGGGUCCAAGGAGUUUGAGGAAUAUAACUUGCCCUUGCGCCGCAGAUGGAAGAAAGAUAAACCCAAUGGCAAGAAUCCAUCCGAUUGUGAGAAGGUGGAACCUGAGAAGCCAGCUCGUUUAAAGGCUCCAAAGCUGAAAGCAGAGCCUGCAGUGCAUACGGAUGACAUAGUUGAGGUCAAGAGGGACCGAGUGCCAACUUUUAACCAGAUGACUGAUCCGUACCACCACCCUUUCUGCCUGGACAUACAUGUCUCCAAGGGGUCGGUGCGUGCUUGCUUCGUCCACCGAGUGACCAGCAGGGUUGUGUCGGUCGCUCACUCCAUAUCAAAGGACAUGAAGUUUGAUCUGGGUUCAAGGAAGGGUAUCAAGGCAUGUGUGGCGGUUGGGGCGUUACUUGCGAAGCGUGCGAUAGAGGAUGAUAUUCACAAUGCAAUUUAUACACCUAGAAAAGGGGACAAAAUCGAAGGAAAAAUUGAGGUUGUGUUGCGUGGAAUAAUUGAGAAUGGAGUCGACGUGAAGGUGAAACUCAAACAAAGGAGGAAGAAUGCGGUGGUGGUGCAACAGCGCGGUGAUAGCUCCACGGCUGCCGAGCAUAUGUAACCUCUUGAUGGCAUGAACCGACUGGUGCAGGAUUCAUUUUAUGCUAUCUCAGAAGACAAACCAUGAGAUAUAGGACAGCUAAAGGACAUGUGGGCAUCCUAUUUCAGAUCUUAGCAUCUGUGCCGCAGGAUUACAGCAAUUCGCUGCUCUGCUUCUCUGUCUAUACUCUUCAGCUUGUGGCAAAGCCUCCAGUUCCAUGUGUCUUGUCUUUGGCCUGCUUCAUGACACCAUCAGCAUGUGAAAUUGGAGUGCACAUGACAUGCUGCAGCUUGUACGUAGAUGUCUGUGCUUUGUGGCGGGAUUCUACCGGCUUUUUCGCCUUAUAGUGUUAUUCUUUUUACAUUUUCGCUUGCUCAAGUUCAGAGAUGUAACUGAGGUCCCGGCCCGGCCUGUAGCUGACUUUCCCCCCUCUUGGAAUGAACUUCUCCAAUUCGCACUAA